UCGAUAAACUCAUAAACAGUUAGCUUAAUUUGACAUAACAAGGAGAGGACGGAAACAUCACAGAGAGAUUCAAGGAUCUCGACCCAUUCUUUAAUCACCAUUUUCACAAAAACAGAGCGAAAAUAGCUAUCAUUAUUCUUUAAUUUAAUGAGUGAAUGAAUGAAUGAUAACACCGCCAUCAUUGCUUUCUCUCACCAUUGACUCAGCCGUUCACAAUCUCUCCGACAUCUCCGAUCUCUCUCCCAUCCCUGAUCACAUCCUCCUCGAUCUCUUCCUGAGAAUAUUGAAAGCAGGGAAACUCACUGAGAAAGUUCUGAAACUGUUUAUAGCGACCGGUAAGGACGAAGUAAUCUCGCUUGUUCAGGCAUUGAAUAUUCGACAUAUUGUCACUCCUGUGCUUCCUACCAGAUGUUCUGAGAAAUUCUAAGAUAAGAUUGUAUAGUCAGAAGUUUGAAUCCAACUCAUCAAUCUAGACUUUCCGUUUGUGAAAUCAUCUGUAUUGUAUACCUCAAAAGAUGUCUCAAGUAAUUAUCAACGACAAUGAAGU